GCGCCUCGAAAAAUGUCUACUGCUGGCGCGUAAACACAGAUGUGAGCAUGGAUCAGAGCGGUCUCGACCUCGUCAAGGUUCACGGAGGCGGUGGGUAUGACUCGGAUUUCAGUGAUGAUGAGGCCGGAGGAGGCUCAUCACAACGUGGAGGGAAGAGGGCACGUGAAGAUGAGCUGCUGCAGAAACCAUUCCAGAGAGGGAAACACGCCAAGGUCGCUCACAGAAAUGUGGCUGCAGAUGAAUGGGACAGGGAGGAGGCCAGGAAUCGGCGCCACCACCUCAUAUCCAUGAAUGCUUUUGAAAGGCAUAAGAAGUUUGUCAGCGACUACGUACUGUACUAUGGAGGAAAGCUGGAGGAUUUCAAAAGAUCCACGGCAAACGACAAAACGGAUAUGGACGUGGUGAGAGAACAUCACCGCUUCCUCUGGAGAGACGAGGAUGAGGAUGAUAUGACCUGGGAGAAAGAGCUCGCAAAGAAGUACUAUGACAAGCUGUUCAAGGAGUACUGUAUUGCUGACCUCAGCAGAUACAAAGAAAACAAGUUUGGAUUCAGAUGGCGCAUUGAAAAUGAAGUAAUAUCUGGAAAAGGCCAGUUUCUGUGUGGGAAUAAGCGCUGUGAGAAGAAGGAAGGCUUGAAGAGCUGGGAAGUGAAUUUUGCUUAUGUGGAACAUGGCGAGAAGAGGAACGCUCUGGUGAAACUGCGUCUCUGUCCAGAAUGUUCCUUCAAACUGAACUACCAUCACAAGAGGAAAGAAGUCAAGGUGAAGAAGAAACGCAGAUCGAAAGGGAAUGGAGAUGAACCACAGGCCAAGAAGUCCAAGCACAAGUCCAAACACAAACGCAAACACAAAAAGAGACGAAAAGAGCACUCGUCCUCAAGUUCCGAGGAGUCCCACGAGUCAGAAAAAGAUUUGGAAAGUGAAGAAGAGGCUGAAGGCCCAUCAGAUUCGGACUACUGGAAAGGUCCAGCUCCUGCUCUGGAAGAGAAAUCACGGGAAGAGGAGUUUGAUGAAUACUUCGAGGGCAUGUUUCUCUGAGGAGGGGACUCCGGCGACCAUCCGAAAGAUUGUUCCCACAAUGCUUGUGAAUAAAAUGCUUACUGCUUUGUU